UCGGAAGUUACGACAUUUUGAUCGGAAGCAACAACCGGAGCUCCCUGGCUGUGAAGCCUCAGGAACCCAGAGUACGUGGAAGGAUGAGGCAGUCGGUGGCUGAGGCUGAAGCGGAAGCUUUGAUGGGAGUGAGUUCAAAAGGGGAGCUUAAGCGCAAGCAGAAGCAGCUAAAGAAGGCCAAGUCUGGGGGAUUUGAAUCAUUAGGACUCUGCCCGGAGGUUUACCGGGGGGUUAAGCGCAAGGGUUACCGCGUGCCGACACCGAUUCAACGCAAGACGAUGCCUCUGAUCCUAGCUGGUGCAGAUGUCGUUGCCAUGGCGCGCACUGGGUCAGGAAAGACUGCUGCUUUUCUUGUACCCAUGCUUCAGCGUCUCCGCCAUCGAGUACCCCAAGCGGGGAUUCGCGCUCUUAUACUCUCCCCAACCAGAGACCUUGCUAUUCAGACUAUGAAAUUCACCAAAGAGCUUGGAAGAUACACUGACCUUCACAUUUGUUUGCUGGUUGGUGGAGAUAGUAUGGAAAACCAAUUUGAGACAUUGACACAAAGCCCGGACAUUAUAAUAGCAACUCCGGGACGCCUCAUGCAUCAUCUAUCUGAGGUGGAGGGGAUGUCUUUGCGGACAGUAGAAUAUGUAGUGUUUGAUGAAGCUGAUUCACUAUUUGAAAUGGGAUUUGCGGAACAGCUACACAAAAUUUUGCAGCAAUUAAGUGACACCCGCCAAACUUUACUUUUCAGUGCUACAUUGCCUAGUGCCCUUGCAGAUUUUGCGAAGGCUGGCUUGCGUGAACCUCAACUUGUCCGGCUUGAUUUGGAGACUAGAAUAAGUCCUGAUCUUAAGGUGAAUUUUUUCACAUUACGGAAUGAAGAAAAGGUUUCUGCAUUAUUGUAUCUAGUCAGGGAAGUGAUAAGUUCUGACCAGCAGACCUUGAUUUUUGUUUCAACGAAGCACCAUGUGGAGUUCCUGAACUCUUUAUUUCGAGAAGAGGGCAUUGAGGCUUCUGUUUCAUAUGGGGAUAUGGAUCAGGAUGCUCGAAAGAUCCAUAUAUCCAAAUUUAGGGCAAGAAAGACCAUGAUGCUCAUUGUGACCGAUGUUGCUGCCAGGGGCUUAGAUAUUCCCUUACUUGAUAAUGUGGUGAAUUGGGAUUUUCCUCCAAAGCCUAAAAUUUUUGUUCAUAGAGUGGGCCGAGCUGCUCGAGCAGGAAGGACUGGUACUGCUUAUUCCUUUGCAACAGCAGAGGAUAUGCCUUACCUGUUAGACCUCCAUCUCUUUCUUUCAAAGCCUCUUAAAGCUGCUCCGACGGAAGAUGAGGUUAUUCAUGAUGUGGAUGGGGUUUAUUUGAAACUUGAUGAAGCAAUUGCUAAUGGAGAAACAGUUUAUGGUCGAUUUCCCCAGAGAAUUUUGGACCUUGCUUCUGACAGGAUAAAAGAAAUUAUUGAAGGGUCUGCAGAACUUACAGCUUUGCAGAAGUCUUGUUCUAAUGCUUUUCGGUUGUAUUCAAAGACAAAACCUUUACCUUCAAAAGAAUCCAUCAGGAGGGCGAAAGAUUUACCUCACGAAGGUCUUCAUCCAAUUUUUAAGGAUAUACUGGGAUCCAAUGAACUGAUAGCUUGCGCAUUUUCUGAACGUUUGAAAGCAUACAGGCCAAAGAAAACCAUUUUAGAGGCAGAAGCAGAAACUACCAAAUUAAAAAACUUGCAGGGUUCCAAUCAAUGUCUUGACAUAAUGAGGAGAAAAAGAGCUGUUCAUGAAGAAGUCAUCAAUCUAGUACAUCAGAAAAAGAUUACUGGUGCAGUUCCCAAGGAAACAGAUGUAGAGGGCACAUUAUCAAAUGACUGGGAAAAAAAAGGGCCAAGCGGUUUGAAGAGGAAGAAAGCAAGUUUUAAGGAUGAAGACUUCUAUAUAAGUUCUGUACCAGCUAAUCAGCACCUUGAGGCAGGACUAUCUGUCAAGGGAGGCCAUGGCUUUAGUUCUAAUAGAUUGGAGACUGCUGUCCUAGAUCUUGUUGCAGAUGACAAUUCUGCAAUGCGGAAACAAAAGUCUGUAUAUCAUUGGGAUAAGAGAAGCAAAAAGUACAUCAAAUUGAACAAUGGUGAACGUGUCACUGCUACUGGAAAGAUCAAGACUGAGAGUGGUGCAAAAGUAAAGGCUGAAAAAUCUGGAAUAUACAAGAAAUGGAAGGAAAGGUCACACAAGAAGAUCUCUCUUGGUGGCUCUGCAACUGAUGCUUCAGGACAGGAUGCUGGUCAUGCAGGGAACAAUCAAGCAAGAGGAAAUAAGAGAAAUUUUCGGGGUAGAAAUAAUCGACAAUCACUGCCUAAUGCGAACGUGAAAUCUGAGCUUAGAAAUCCUGAACAAGUGCGAAAGAGCAGGCAGCAGAAGGCUACCAAGAUUGCUCGCUUCAACAGCAAGUCUACAAAGGGGAAGAAAAAAUUUGGCAAUAAGAGAAAAUUUGGCAAUAAGAAAAAAUAAGUUAUUAUCUCAAAAUUAUUAAAAUGAUUUUGAGAUUGAUGUAAUAUUAUUUUUUAAUUAUUUUUAUGUAUUGCACUUAUAUUAAA